AUGAACAGCCGCGGAAUUCACGAGAAGACAGAGGUCCACCGCGAAGGUGGCGUCCAUGGUGGCGAGCAACACUUCGUCGAGGAGAGGAACGUUCACCCAGUCGACGGAGCUUUCGGAGGAACUACUUACGUCGAGGACCAUCGCAUCGAGAAUCGCUGUGGCGACAGCAAAUGCCGCGAUGCUCACGCCAAAGGAGCUAUGCACGAUGCCAAGGAGAAGGUUUGCCAACCUCAAACACUUUUCUUCUCUCUCUAUUGACACCUGGCAAAAUCCUGAAUAAUGUUCAUUUCUUUGAAUCUUACAGGUCAAGGACGCUGCCCAUGACGUCAAAGAAGCCAUCAAGGACAAGUUCGGCAGCCACUAA